UUCCUGUGAACACACCAAUUGGUUUACACGUAGUAUGGAAGACCUAACAAAUAUUACCCCGAGGAAACGAUCAAAUAACACCGAGAAACGUAAAAUUUUCUACAGGACACCCAGGCUAGCAGAGGCCUAGAUGUAUUAGGUGAUGUUCCUGAAGCCAGUCGCUCGCUAAGUCCAGUCCCCAGCGGCGGAUAUAAUGACACCAUUAUGGCAAGGCCAGGAACGCCAGCUUUUCUGCUCACGGAGCGUGAACAACGUGUCGGUAUAAGUUCAGUUCCCGAUGGAAAUAUUCCUUCAUCUAGACCUAUGUCUAGAGCCACCACACUAGAUAUCCCAGACGACAACUUCUUUCAAGAUACCAGUAACAUGGCAGUGCACAGUAUCGAACCGGUACCAGCACCUCGACUCCCUAUCAAAGAAUCUCUGGGCCGUUCUGGCUCACUUACCAUCAUUGGCGGCUCGGUUGUGGCACUCGUUCUUCUGGGCUUCUUGAUGUUUCUUUGGCUUGGGCACGGAGGUCACGAAUCCGCAGACGCUACCUGGGUCUGGAGACAGAUCGCACUUGGAGGGUGGAUGACACAAUCCAUAACUCUCACGUCUCUAGGGCUUCGCUUCAUUAUCUCUAUGCAAGCUGCAGUGUGUACGUCCAUGCUGGCUGCGCUAGUGCUAGAAAAGAAGUUCACACCGAAACCCGAUGUUGCUUGGUUCUCGAUCAUUCGGAGCACAAAUGACGGGCCAUUGAAAAUGGUUCAAAUGAUGCUAUCUUCGAAAUUCCUCAUCUGGUCUAUUGAAUUUUGGUUGUUAUCCUUGCUAGCUGUUACAACUCUGGGUUUACAGUUUGCAUCAACUAUCUUGCUAUCAGAUAUUGUAGACUCCGCCAUAGUCAGCAAUAUGCGUCAAACCCAAAUGCCAGAUCUAUUUGAUCCAAGUGGCGCCGACUUAUCAGUAAUCAACUGGCUUUUUGGGGCAUCGAAACCUGUAUACGGCGUUUUUGGGGAACUGGACACGGAUUAUAACGUCCUCCCAGAUGCGCGAGGGUUAAGCCAAACUGGAUUAGUUCAACGAGCGUUUUUACCGCUGGAUAGGCCAAAUGAUCGAAUAUCAACUCGGUAUUUUAAGGGUAACGCGAUAGUGAUGAGCUCGAAAACAGCCUGCAUGAGACCUCGAAUAUAUGGCAUCUCUCUUACCCACUACACAGACGACUUAGGUAAUCACGCGAUUGAAAUCGAAGGCCGACUGCAGUAUGAACUCACCAUUCGUGGGGCACAGGUGGAUGCGAAUUCGUCCUGUUCCCUUGGAGAAUGUGAGGAGAUUGCUUUUCUUUGUUCCAGUCCAAUCGACUUUGUUGGUCAUGACAAUUCUACAACCUCUUGGCAGUCUGUGGCCUGUUACCUUGGUGCUGUAGGAGGCCAGAUUGAUUGGUCGUUGCAUGCGCCCAGAUGGAACUCGUCUCAACAGCCGUGGUCGAGGAACGUACCGAUCUCCUUGAUCUUGUCGACCAAUGUCGAGGACGUGCAUCAGCUCCAAGGGCAUGUUGAGGAUCCACCUUGGGUUGACAAUGGGGAGUGGCGAAGUUACGAGAUUGCGACGGGAGUACGGGUCAAUAUAUCACUAUGCUUCCAUGCCUUUACCGCGGACCGGAAGCUAGUGAGUAUGGCAGCUUCGUGGGACCUCGAAGAACCUAUCACGCAAUGGUCAUUUGGAUCGUUUGCAUAUGAUGUAUCUGACGUCGAACGACAGAUUGGAUCGAAUUUGCCACGCGGCAGCUCUGCCGACCGAGGGGUUUUAGACCUGCAUAUCCUAGGCGAGCCUCACGAUGGACCGCCUACAAGUCCAGCAAAUACUAAAUGGCGGAAUGGGUGCAUUAUGCGGUCGCUACAUAUGACGCCAACCAAACAGUUGGGCUCUGCUAUUUCUGUAGUUAUGCGUCCAUUAGCCAAAUUCACCCAGAAACUGGGAUCCUAUUUAGCGAUACCAUAGCGCUGACUGGCCGGCCAGCAAAUGCCCUUUUAGCCUAUCACACCGCGCUCGCAAUAAUAAUUCAUGACCAGUAUUUGAGCUCGCGCAGCUUGCUGCAGGACGCCCAGAUCGUCUCAACUACUGCUGUCAGAGCGCCGUCGAGAUGUAACAAGACUGGAUGCCACGGGCUUGUUACAGUCACUAUUCUCUUAGGCGUUCACUUGCUAUACGUUGCCAU